UGUCUGGGUGAGGGUUCAGUAUUCUGACUAGGUAACUGGUGAACCACCUUUACUAAAUCAGCAGCAAACUGGUCUUGGGUGAUACUGAACUGCAGGGGAAAGGGGCUGAAUGUAAGGUGGAACUUUUUCAAAACUCGGGAGUAGAAGAUUGUGGGAGAAUUGGAAAAGAAGUUAUGCAGAGGAAGGAAAAAGAGUUUGGGGAAGUUUUAAGUGUCCAAUGUUGUCCCAUCUGAUGAAGUGUUAGAAAGAUUGUCAACUGUUCUUUGAAGGGGUUGCUUCAGGGAUCAUCUAGGGGUUAUUAUUUAACCCGCGCCUGUCCCUUUCUCUGGACAACACGCAUGAGGUUGUGGAUCCAACCUGCUGGGGUGUGGGGAGCCCUGCGGCCGGCGGCGGGGCCUCCGUGAUGGCGCAGGGACCCAAGUACCAGCUCCUCCGGGAACUAGGCCGCGGCAGUUACGGCACCGUCUACGAAGCCGUGGCCAGGACUGGGGGCAGAGUGGCCGUGAAGAAGAUGCCGUGCGGCUCGCCUGAGAGCUCCGAGUUGGCCCUGCAGGAGUUCUGGGCCCUGAGCAGCGUGAGGAAGAGGCACCCGAAUGUGAUCUGGCUGGAGGAGUGCCUCCUGCAGAGGGGCCGCGCCGUGCAGGAGAUGAACCAGGCCCGGCGGGAAUCCGACACCCACCUGCGCCUCAUCGAGACCUGCUUGAAAGGGAAGUGCUGCCUUGACCCUCGGUCCCCCCACUGCCUGUGGUUUGUGAUGGAGUUCUGCGACGGGGGGGACCUCAACGACUACCUGCUGGGCCGAGCUCCUGACUGCCGGCUGAACCUCUGCUUCAUGCAGCAACUGAGCGCCGCCGUGGCCUUCCUGCACUCCAGUGGCAUCGUCCAUCGAGACCUCAAGCCAGAUAAUGUCCUGGUCUCCAGCCGCCCCACAGGACCCGUUCUAAAGGUGGCUGAUUUUGGCUUGAGUAAAAAGUGCCAAAGCAAAGGCAGUGUGAGCCGGUGGCAAGUGUCUGCAGCCUGUGGCUCUGAUUUCUACAUGGCCCCAGAGCUCUGGGAGGGGCAGUACUCGAACAAGGUGGACAUCUUCGCCCUUGGGAUCAUCUUCUGGGCCAUGAUGGAGAGAAUCACUUUCAGAGAAGCAGAGUCCAAGAAGGAGCUGCUGGGCACGUAUUUUUCUCAAGGACGUGACUUAGUCCCUGUGGGAAAGGCAUUGAUGGAGAAUCCCAGUCUGGAACUGCCAAUUCCCAUGAAUAGUAAAAGAACUCUGAAUAAAGGCAUACAGAAGCUUCUACGGGACAUGUUGGCCUAUAACCCCCAGGAACGGCCAGAUGCAUUUAGUCUUCAAGCUCAAAUUGAGCAAGUUGUGUUCACUGGAGCAAGCCUCAAAAUGUAAUGGUAAAUGUGCAAACUGCUCCUUCCCUGCAGCUCAACAAGGAGACUGAAAAUGGAUGGGAAGAAGUGUUUCCCUACAGGGGAGGAAUCUGAUGACUACAAUGGCUCCUGCCCUGGUGUGUAACUGAUUUAUUGUAUUGGGUGCAAAGUGUUUAUUAGCCAUGCCCACUGCAGUUUUAUAAAUCUUGUUACAAGUUCAGGAUUCUUGAGUCAAAGGCAACUUUCAAAAGAUUUAUUUCCCAGCGAGAAGUGAAGGGCCCAAUUUAAGAGGUUGAACCUUGUUGUCAAAGAGUGGCUGUUCAAAGUUAGAUGUCAGAGUUCCAGACUCCUCCUUCACUGGCAGGGUAAGAAGCUUGCCUUCAUCCAGUACUGCUUAUCAGCAGACUGAGAUCACAGGACAUCUCUAAGUGCUAAAUUGCUUUUAUUCUGUCCAUUGUCCAUUCUCUUUUCCUGUUGUUAGAUGAGCAAGUAGUUGGCACCCUUUUUAUAUUUUGUGAUCCAUUUUUGAGGUGGAUGGACUUCUGUGCAUGCUCUCCAGUAACACUACUUUGUCACUCAUUGUCUAGUUGGGCUCUUGCCCUGUGGUGAUUCUGGCCAGUUCUGCUUUGUCGCUCAUUGUCUAGUUGCGCUAUUGCCCUGUGGUGAUUCUGGCCAGUUCUGCUUUGUAGUGUGCUGGAGCAAAGGGCAAAAUGGGGGAAUGCAGAGUGAAGAUAAGAUUUGACUCUUUGGUACAAGUAUCUGCCUGAGGGUCACUUUUGAGCAAGGCUCUUGGAUUCUUGUGCUCUUUUUGUUAUGGAAUUUAACUUUAAGGAAGGUAUUGUUGAUUUUUAUGUAGGUCUGUCCUGAGGAUUUGCUGGUGCUAGUGGAUAUUCCAUCACCCUUUGAAUCAUGACUUCAUGCUGAUCCUAUGCCUAGAAGAAAUUCCUCAUUAUUCCCAGUUCUUUUCCCCAUGCCCUGCAGAGGUUGUAUGGAGAAAGUUGAAUUGGUGGAGUGGGUAUGAGGGGGAUCUCAUGAGAUGUGCUGUUGGUGAUUUAAUCUGACUUGACAGCCUGACGUUUUUAUAGUGCUAGGUGUUAGUGGUGCAUCUUGAGCUAAUUCCUCAAUUGCCCAGAAUUACCAUUCAUAAACAAGGUCCUACUGCAAUUCAAUGCAAGUCUCUAUCAGGCAUUAAUUGGCUUUUUCAACAGUGCAGGAGUAAUGGUGGGAGGUGAGGCUUUAUCUGGAUAGAAUAUCGAGAUCUGGAAAGACUCUGAACCAAAUUUGUUCUCGUAUUUAAUAAGCUUGGCUUUGAAGAGGUCUUCCACCUUAAGUGGAGCCUUAUACAAGUGGCUGUUACUACCUGAUGUCACUACCUGAUUUGAAUCCUAAUUCUUGAAUUUUAACUUGCUAUAUUAUUGAUACUAAUAAAGCAUCUUCCUCUAUCACCAGGGGGAAAAUUUGAACCUACUUUGAGAUCUCCAAGUGUACUUGUCUUUCUUUGUUCAAUUUGUUGCAACAGUGAUGGGUGCAGAGACUCGGCUGAGACAGUCCAUGUGUUGAAAGGUCAAUAAAGGACAAAAGGUUGGUUGCAAACAUGCAGAUCACAACAUCUGUGCAUCAAGUAAAACCUAACCUUUGCGCUUCAGUCAUGCACAGCAUAUCCCUUCAUGGUUUGUGACAUUGGGUACUAUUGAAGUAUAAUUUGAAAAUGCUUUCAUGGGUGGAUCUAUUAAAUUUGGAUAGCAGCAUUGGAAGAGAAGCAGAAGCAUUCUCCCCGGGCAAUAAUUCUCCCUUGAUGGACAUUAAGAAAACUGGUUCUGCUCAAUCCCUCAUUGUUUGCCUUUUCUGUUCUGAGACCCAGUGCUGCCCCUGUCACAUUCUCUCUUGCAAUCUUCCCUUCUAAUCCUGAACCAUCAGUCCUUGGCUGCCUCCACUUCAUUCUAUGCUUCCAAGCCUGAAAUGAUGGCAGUCUUUCUUUCCACCACCUUUGCCUUCAUGCCUAUUCCCUUAUAGCUUGCGUUGGGUGAAAGAUUACUUUCCUGAUAUCCUGAAGUGGUUAAUAGAUUUCAGUCACUAAAGCAACUUCAGCAGUUGUAAACACUUUACCUCUUCCCACCAUCCUUGGACCCAAACCCUCCUUCCAGGUAAAGCAGCAACUUGGUAUUCUGUAUUUGGUGAGCAUGUGGUCUCCUCUACAUUGGUGAAUCCAACACUGGGUAACUAUGUUGCUGCCCAUUUCUGUUCAGUCCACAGGGUAGACCCUCAGUCUUCAUUUGCUUGUUAUUUCAAUUCUCCAUCCACUCUUGCUCUGACCUGUCUUUGACAUCUAUUCCAGUGAAGGCCCAUGCGAACUUGGAAUAGCAUCUCGUUUUUCAACUUGACAGAUAACGACUCUCUAGUCUGAAUUCAGCAAUUUCAGAUAACCUGCCUUUCCAGUUUGUGGCUGCACUGGAGAGUUCUGAUCAAAAGUCAUCAAGCUGUAGCAUUGGCUGUGCUGCUUGCUUCAGCUGCUGCCUCGCCUGCUGAGUAUCUACAGCAUUUUCUGUUUUUAAUUUCCUAUUUCUAGCAUUGCAAUAUUUUACCUCUCCAAUACAUAUCACCCACCCCAUCCCCCCUUUCCUGUUUUCACGCAUUUCCCAGUAACAUCUCCAGACAGAUCAGCUGUCGUUAACAGGCCUUCACUGCUGCCUCUCAAUUGGCACCACUGUCACUUGUAUCCCUAGACCUUUCCUGGUCUCCAUCCUGCGACCCAUUCCCAUUAUCCUUGCCCUUCUCUGCAACUUAAGUUUUCUUAAUUCUGUUAAACUUGUUGAUGGGACACAAUGAACCUCCUGAGUGUUUUCCACCUCAAACCAUCUCCUGAUGUUUCCAAUUCUACUCUGGAGGAAACUUAGAACUGUGAAAUCAGAGGGUAUCAGCAACUAGAUCAACUUUAAUUGGUACAUUUGUUCAUCCAAUUGGAAUUGGCAAAGGGGACAGGGAACAUAUAAUUGGGGAAACUGGGAAUGAGGAAAGAAUGCAGAAAUGUAAGCUAUUAUUUUCCCCCCUCUCAGACUGGAUGUGUCGUACAUUGGAUUAUAGUGCAGAAUGUUGCCUGCCUUGUACUCUUUCUCGAGUACUGAAGGUUAAGUCUUUCACUGGCAUCUCUUCAAUGACUGAAACCUAUUAACCACUUGUCCAUUUAAGAUGCCGGGAAAGUAAUCUGAGUGUCCCUUCACACAAUGCAAGCUAUUCUCAGCAGCCCAGUCAAUCGAUGGGUGAUUCAUUCUCUGCACUUGGACAUUCAGAUUAAACAAUGGCAGUUAAAAUUGCUUGAAACUUGCUGGAGGGAAUUGCAGUGUGCUCUUCAUAGCUGCAACGCUUGUGCAAUUCAUCUCCUGUGAAUGUAAUCGGCUCUUAAUAGCCUGGCUUGUAUUUUUUGAUAGAUUAUUAUGUGCAAUAUCUCUAAAGAUUAAUUUCCACACUAGCCUCUUCCAUAGAGGAAUUAUGGCAUAAUAAGGGGAACAUAGUGAAAAAAUUCUUUUCAGGAAGAUUUCUGGCUCUGACUUAGUAUAUAUGAGAUGGUCAAUUGGCCCACAAUACUGUAACCUUGUACUAGACUGAAAAGCAGUAGGGAACAUCACCAUCUGGGUCACAUUGUGUGGAGCUACUGUGAAAAUGGAAAAUACCAUGAGCUCCAGACCCUGAGAGUAGGGAAAUGGAGCAAUGAGGAUUUAUUCCUUCUAUUAAACAAUCCUCAUUCCAUAUGUCCAUUAAAAACAUUCUUUGAUUUUCCUCAACACUAUUUUAGUCACCUUUCCAAAAGCUUCAAUUAGGUUUGCAUUGGCAUGUCCUAACUCUGCAUUUCCUCUGGCUUCUAACUGGAUUGAAGGUGUUUCUCUCUCCUUGGAUCAGUAAUUUUCCAAAAACAAAUUAGGUGAAAUGAUCCAUAAUUUCCUUGUACAGUUAAAAACAAUGUUGGAAAUGUGCAGCACCUCAGGUAGUGUAGGUGGAAAAAGAUGGAAUUAAUGUUUCAAGUCAGUUGUAAUUUCUGAAAUAUAAAUUCCUGGCUUCUGAUUGCCUUCCCUGAAUAGUGGAGAGACGUACACAACUUUCAAUCUGAAAGAACAGUUUCUGAAUUGAGUGAACUUUUAGAUUAUAAUUGGUGUCUAUGUUGUUCUUGCCUACUUCCUAAAGUCAUGGAUUGGAAAUUAUCUGCUCCUUGAAGUUUUCUCUCGUAUUGUUAUUCUAUUGCUACUUUUUGAUUGAAUCAGGGAUUGAGACUCAAAAUUAACUGUAUUUUCCAUGAGAUGCCAAGGAUGUUCUUUGUCUUUUCUACCUUGAAUACUGGUGCCAUUAAUAGCAGAUAUUGAUUCAAUAUCUAUUCUUUUUGCUGUGAUUGGUUUAUGGGUACAUUGCUCCCAAUCACUCUUCCCAAUUUACUAAAAGUGAUGUCUUCACAAAUUUCUCUAUUUUCCUGUUGUAGUUCUUAAUGUUUUGCCCUUAGUUUGGCAACUGGGUGGAAUAAAGAACAAACUUUUGCCUCUUG